AUGGCCCGUUGCUUUUAUCUCUCCUUCGGCUCGUUUCCUUGUGUGGUAGCUUCUUCCUCCGAAACGGCAAAAGAGUUCGUCAAAACCCAUGAAACUUCCUUCUCCAAUCGCCCGUCGACCGUGGCUAUCCGGUGCUUGACUUAUGGAGCGGCCGACUUUAGCUUUGCUCCCUACGGGCGCUACUGGAAGUUCAUGAAGAAGAUAUGCAUGACGGAACUUCUUGGUGGACGGACGCUAGACCACUUCCUUCCCGUUCGAGAGGAAGAAAUGGAGACUUUCCUGAAGGGGACGCUACGGAAGAGCCAAGCCAAUGAGGCGGUUGAUGUAGGCCAAGAGCUCACGGCACUCGCAAAUAACAUAAUCUCUAGAACGACGAUAAGCAGGAGGUGUUCGGCGACUAGUGAGGAGGCCAGUGAAGUGAGAACAUUGGUGGAUGAAGUCGGGGGUCUGAGCGGGAAGUUCAAUUUCCAGGAUUAUAUUUGGUUUUGCAAAAAUGUGGACAUACAAGGUCUAGGGAAGGCAUUUGAGGAGAUGUUCACGACCGGAACAGGCAUAUCCGCAGGGGUGAUACAGUGGGCUCUUGCAGAGCUCAUCAACCAUCCCGACAUAUUGAACAAAGCAAGAGAAGAAACUGACUCCACCACAGGAAACAAGAGGCUGGUCAAGGAGUCGGACCUGCCUAAUCUUCACUUUCUCCAAGCAAUCGUCAAGAAGACUCUGAGGCUUCACCCAUCAGGCCCUCUCUUCACAAGAGAAUCAACUCAACACUGCAAAAUCGGAGGCUACGACAUCGCUGCGAGCACGAGGCUCAUUGUCAAUGUGUGGUCGAUAGGGCGGGACCCCAAUUACUGGGAAAAUCCAAUGGAUUUUGUGCCUUCGAGAUUCAUAAAUGGAAGUGGACGGAGCCAAAUAGAUGUGAGGGGACGACAUUAUGAGCUUUUGCCGUUUGGGAGUGGAAGGAGAAGUUGUCCCUGGACUUCUCUGGCUCUACGAGUGAUUCAAACGACGCUCGCAGGUUUAAUCCAGUGCUUUGACUGGAAGGUGGCUAACGGCAAGGAAAAUUCAGUGGACAUGACCGAAGCUGCCGGGAUUGCUCUUCUUAUGGCUCAACCCUUGGUUUGUGUUCCUGUAGCCCGUGACAUACCGUUCUUAACGAUCUAA